AUGCUUUCGCUCCUAAGGACACUCUCUUACAGCAAACUACCCCGCCCCCGCCUUUCACUCUCAGAAUAUACGCGGCGACAUCUUCGAACUCCGACGACACACUCUAGAACCUCCAAGAUGGCCUCUCAGACUUUCAAGCUAAACUCGGGAUACGAGAUCCCUGCCGUUGCUCUUGGCACCUGGCAGUCCGCCCCCGGCGAGGUUAAAGACGCCGUAUCCUACGCCAUCAAGAUCGGCUACAAAGCCAUCGAUGGCGCCUACUGCUACGCCAACGAGGACGAGGUCGGCGAGGGUCUCAAGCAGGCCUUUGCCGACGGUGUUAAGCGCGAGGACAUCUUCGUCGUCACUAAGCUGUGGGCCACUUACACAAUCGGCGAUGAUAAGGUCAAGGAGGGCCUGGAGAAGAGCUUGAAGAGCUUGGGUCUCGACUACGUCGACCUUUUCCUUGUUCACUGGCCCGUCGCCAUGAACCCCAACGGAAACCACGACAGAUUCCCCACCAAGCCUGACGGCUCCCGCGACAUCAUCCACAGCCACUCCCAUGUCGACACCUGGAAAUCGGUCGAGAAGCUCCUCGACACAGGCAAGGUCCGCUCCAUCGGCGUCUGCAACUACAGCGUCAAGUACCUCGAGGAGCUCCUCCCCCAGGCCAAGGUGGUCCCUGCCGUCAACCAGAUUGAAAACCACCCCAGCCUGCCGCAGCAGGAGAUUGUCGACUACUGCAAGGACAAGGGCAUCCACAUCAUGGCCUACAGCCCCCUCGGCUCGACCGGCGGCCCCCUCCUGACUGCCGACCCCGUAGUCAAGAUUGCCGAGAAGCGCGGCGUCACCCCCUCCACCGUCCUGCUAAGCUACCACGUCGCCCGCGGCAGCACCGUCAUCGCAAAGUCCGUCACCCCGGCCCGCAUCAAGGCCAACCUCGAGAUCGUCAAGCUCGACGACGAGGACCUGAAGGAGCUCCGCGCCUACUCGGACGACCUGACAGCAAAGAAGGAACUCAAGCGCUACGUCUACCCGCCCUUCGGCAUCGACUUUGGGUUCCCCGACAAGUCGUAG